AAGAAAACUUCAGCAAAUACCAGCAGCAUGGUGAAGCGGAAAGAUACCGGUGAUAGGGCACUAUCGAAAAAGCUGAAGCCAGAUGUUGACUUGAAAGCUGGCAAGGAGACGGUGAAAGAACAACCUACCAAGUCGACUGAACACUCAGCGUUGGCACCCAUCCUACGAGUCAUUACUGGAUCAUACGAACAUCAGCUGUUGUGCGUGUCGCUGACGACAAACAGUCGGGCGUUUGCUUACAAGAAGCCUAGUAGUGACGAGUCGGUGGCUACCAAUUUUUUCACUCCUAUCUUUCACUUUGCGUCGCAUACGGCCUCGAUCAGGUGUAUCGCGAGCGUCAAACGCUACCUUGUUACCGGAGGUAAUGACGAGCAUAUAAGAUUAUACGACUUGCAGAAGCGCAAGGAAAUUGGAACUUUGAUGCAUCAUGAAGGAAGCGUCACAUGUCUGGAGUUUGUCAAGUCCGGAAAGUGGCUCAUCAGCGGCGGAGAAGAUGGAAAAGUUCUUAUCUGGCGAACCCAGGACUGGGAGGUUCUCGCUGACAUGAAAGGGCACAAGGGAGCUGUGAAUGAUAUCUCGGUUCAUCCUUCUGGAAAGAUUGCACUCAGUGUUGGACGAGACCGUACUCUUCGUCUUUGGAACUUGAUGACUGGCAAGAACGCUAGUGUCUUGAAGCUUGGCCACGACGAGCCAAUUCAGGUCUGCUGGAAUUCAAAGGGAGAUCGGUAUGCUGUCGGGUGGCAGAAAAAAAUCUCUUUAUUUGAUAUGGAAUCAAAAGUCUUGUCCACCGUCGACCUCACCUCCCCAUUGUACAGAAUCAGAUUCAUUGAACUAGGAGACGCCGAGAACGAGGAAGCAGUCGAUUACCUAGUUUCUUCGGACUCGACCGGAUCCAUCACCUUCAGAGAUGUUGAAGCAGUGACGGAAGACACCAUGCCGGUAUCAUUCAAACUGGAAGCGCACACGAGCCGAGUCAAGGACUUCACAUUUUUUGCGCGAGCACCACCAGCCCUCUUGAAGAACAGGAGCGACGAAUUGAGCGAUAAGCAGACAACAUUCAUGUCAAGUGUGUCUUCUGACGGAAAGAUCGUUAUUUGGAAUGUCAACGCCCGCGAGCCUAUCGCAGUCUACGAGACCAGCGAGCGACUUAACUGCUGCACGCUGGUUGCCGAGGAGGUCGAGAAGUAUGAGACGGUGUUACAGAAGAUAAACAAGGCAGAUGAGACGGAGGAUGAGGACAGUGAAGAUGAGAAGGACGAGGAAUAAGAAUAUCAUAGUUUUAUUCAUGAUUUUAUUGUUUGGCAUGUAUAAUGUACCAUAGAUACCGUUAGCGAGCGGCGUAAUAUUACUGGCACACGCGAGAAUAUCCUGAUCCCUAGACUAGCCUGAUCUGCGCUAUUCUCCCACAGUAGACAGUCUGGAAUCAAUUACUAAUGCAACUGUCUGCUGCUUCCCGCAUGUGAUAGUGGACGACGGUUCCGGGUAGUGGCGAGAAAGACGAGUCCACGAGACUGUCGCAGGUCACAGCUAAGAAGAUUCAGGGGCCCCUAACCCAACAAAAAAC